AUGGCAGCCAAUAAUCAGGAGGAGAAAGAUGGAGAUCUUAAUGUUUUGGACUAUAUUUUAACUGAAGAACAUGAACAGGAUAACAACUUAUGUAAUCCUGAAAUGGAACAAGAUCAAAAUGUAGAAAAUGAUUCAAAAAGAAAAUGUGACCAAAUAGAAACUACUCAAAGCAAGAGUCAAAAAUCUGCUGGACAUUCAAGACAAUUGACUCUAAAACCACUUCGCAUAACUAUUAGCGAUAACAAAAGAAUAAUUAGAACAAAUACAAAUGAAAAUUGCCAGAGGUCUGAAAGAGCUGAAGGAAAAAGCCAUUUAUCUGGAGAGCUAUAUAAAAGUCAACCUGAAAAGACUUCAGUCAGAAAAAGGGAUCUACAAAGAAGGACUGAAUCUUCCACACCAGAUGAUUCCCAGAGAAUUAGGCAGGAUGUUGAUAGGUGGCACAGCAGAUCGAGGCUUUCUUCUAAAGAAGUAGGCUCUGAAGAAUAUGACUAUGAGACUGGCAGCAGUGACUCUUCCAAAGAGCACGAAAAUUGCAGAAAGAAUGAGAAAGAAGGAAUGGAAGAAGAGGAAGAGUGGGAUGAUGAAACAAAAGAUGAAACCAAUAGAGGAGAGAAGGAUAAACAAGACAAGAGAAACCAAAAAGAGAGAAAUAACUAUGAUACUCGAAGUGAAGCCAAUGACUCUUAUUCGGAGACUGUAUCUUUCACAGAAGGGUCAGUUAGAUCUGGUCCUAGCACAGAUGGAUCAGAUGAGAAAAAGGAAGGAAGGAAGAGAGCCAGGGGCAUAGCUUCAAUUGUUUUUCAUAGAAGUACAAGUUUUGUAUCAGCAUCAGAAAGGAAGCACAACAAAUCAGCAUCUUCUUUUCAUGCUGAUCAAACAAGGAGACUUAAAUAUAUUCUUCGGGAUGCAAGAUUCUUUCUUAUAAAGAGUAACAACUAUGAAAACAUCUCUCUUGCUAAAGCCAGGGGUAUAUGGUCAACACUUCCAACAAAUGAAAGAAAAUUGAAUGCUGCAUUCAGAUCUGCAAGAAAUGUGAUUUUAAUAUUUUCUGUGAGAGAAAGUAGAAAAUUUGAUGGCUUUGCAAGACUCUCUUCAGAGUCCCACCAUGGAGGAUCUCCUAUACAUUGGGUUCUGCCUGAAAGUAUGAAUCCUAAAAUGCUUGGAGGUGUCUUUAAAAUUGACUGGAUUUGCAGACAUGAAUUGCCCUUCACCAAAUCUGCUCACCUUACCAAUUCUUUGAAUGAAUAUAAGCCAGUUAAAAUUGGAUGUGAUGGACAAGAAAUUGACUUUGAAUGUGGAACCCAGCUUUGUCUUCUAUUUUGCCCUGAUGAAAGUGUUGACUUGUAUCAGGUCAUUCAUAAAAUGCAUCACAAGAGAAGAAUGCAUUCACAGUUUCAUUCAAGAGGACGUCCAUCCCAUCAAGAAUCAGGCCAGUAUGUGAGAAGGCAUCAGUCAGAAGAUUAUGAUAUUCACAACAGCAGAAAGAAACCAAGGAUUGACUACACCCCUGGGUUUCAUCAGAGACCAGGGCAUAUAAAGGAUCCACCGUAUCAAGAAGCUUACAGAAGAUUUUCAGGAGUUCCCAGAGAUGUUUUCUUAAACAGGUCCAAUAAUGAUUAUUUGGGAACAUUUUAUGAUAGGAGAUCACCAUCACCAAGGCAGGGAAUGUCCCCUUAUCUAGAAAUAGAACAGUCUUCAUAUCAUCCUUACUAUCAGGAUCAUGCUCCUCCUUUUCAAGACUCUUAUUCAGGACGUCAACCAAUACCACGUGAAGCAAGACACAGAGAUAAACAAGUAUGUGAUUAUAUGUGGGGACAUGACUUCCUUCAUAAAACACAAGCUAUUGUUAGUGGUCGAAGAAGUAGAUCCUGCAAAAGAGAUGGAGAUAGAAAAUGUGAGUAUUCCAGAUAUAUCAGAAGAAAUAGAGAGAAGGAUCAAUGGAAGGAGAGGAGA